AUGUCAACUGAACCAAUAGUUACGAAAUCCUCUUUGAAGGAAUUGCUUAUAAAACGUAGUUCCAUCAAAGGGCAAAUAACAAAAUUCAAAAACUAUUUAGAUAAAUUUGGCAAACUUUCUGAAAUAUCUACAUUAGAAAUAGCGGAAUUAACAGUACGACUUAGUAAGUUUGAGGCGUUAUCAGCUAAAUUUGACAUUAUGCAAACUCAGAUUGAGAUCAUAAAUUCCGAGAACAUAUCUUCGGAAAUUGAUGAACGUGACGACAUUGAGCAGGAUAUUAUUAAGAACAUUGCUUUAGCUAAAACUUUUAUUAAACAAUAUGAUAAUUUGGAAAUUGAUGAUGUCAACCGACGUGAAUCGGUAUCCAAUGUCGUUUGCGAUCAUCAGCAGCUGGGAUUUCAGCUUCCUCAAAUCCAAAUUUUAAAGUACAGUGGUUCGUAUUUCCGGUGGUUAGAAUUCAAAGACACAUUCCUAAAUCUUGUUCACACUAAUCUACGUAUACCUGAUAUUCAUAAAUUUCAUUAUUUAAUUUCAUACCUAGAAGGUGACGCGGCUCGUAUCAUAUCAAAUCUAGAAGUGUGUUCAGCUAAUUACAAGGAAGCUUGGAAGCUGCUUUGUGAUAGGUACGAUAAUAAAAGAAUUCUUAUUAAUCAUCACUUAGAUUCAUUAUUUAAUAUUCAACAGUUGCCUAAAGAAUCUGAAAAAUCACUACGUUUUUUGGUUGAUCAUGUCACUAAAAAUUUACGCGCGCUCGCCAGUCUUGGCCAGCCUACUGAUUACUGGGACAUAUUGAUCAUUUAUAUGCUAACAUCUAAAUUAGAUACUACUACCAUGAUAAAAUGGGAAGAAUUUCGUAACAGUUUGGACGACGUACCAAACUUAUUACAAUUCAAUAAAUUUUUAAUUGAUCGUGCCGAUAUUUUAUAA